AAGUUAAACUGACGGAUGUAAAUAUUGCCCAGUCAGUCCGUCUGCAGAGCACAGAGAGAUAUGACGUCUGCUUUAUACUCCCAAGAUCUGACUUGUCCUAUUUGUUACACUAUCUUCACAGAUUCAGUGAAUCUUCUCUGCGGACACUCCUUCUGCAGAGAAUGCAUUAUUACAGAUGUUCAGAGUUCACAGCACCACUGUCCAGAGUGUGAGACAGCUGUUCCAACAGAAGCGGAAUGGCUUCCAACCAUCCAUAUACUGAAAAGCCUCGCUGAAAAGGCCAAAGAAGCGGAGAAGGUACAGAAAGAGAAGGAGAAAGCAGAGGCGGCUGAGUUGUGCCUUGAGCAUGAAGAAAAGCUGAAACUGUUCUGCGUCACAGAUCCGCAGUUAGCUUGUAUCACAUGCCGAGAUGGGGAGAGGCAUGAAGGACACAAAUUCAAACCAAUCAAAGAAGCAGCUGUAUCUGUGAGACAGGAGUUGGAGAAGGGUAUGGAGAACCUUCGUGGUGAUAUCCUUGCUACGGAGAGCCUGGCCAAUACACAGAGGGAAGAAGCAAAGCUGCUCUCACUCAAAGGAAAUAGUACAGAUAUAACUGUGUCUGUUGAUGGGGGGAGUUUAGUUAGUACUCCCGAAAGCAACCAAACUUCAUCAGGUUACUCGUCUGGUUUUGGCUCCAACACAGGAUCAGGCCAAAACACAGCCUUUGGUCGGAGUACCUUUACAGGAUCAGGCAAAGCCCAAAGCGUUGGCUUUGGCUCCACCACAGGAUCAGGCCAAAACACAGCCUUUGGUCAGAGUACCUUAAAACCCCAAAGCGUUGGCUUUGGCUCCACCACAGGAUCAGGCCUAAACACAGCCUUUGGUCAGAGUACCUUAAAACCCCAAAGCGUUGGCUUUGGCUCCACCACAGGAUCAGGCCUAAACACAGCCUUUGGUCACAGUACCUUAAAAACCCAAAGCGUUGGCUUUGGCUCCACCACAGGAUCAGGCCAAAACACAGCCUUUGGUUGGAGUACCUUUACAGGAUCAGGCAAAGCCCAAAGCUUAGGCUUUGGCUCCACCACAGGAUCAGGCCUAAACACAGCCUUUGGUCAGAGUACCUUCAAACCCCAAAGCUUUGGCUUUGGCUCCACCACAGGAUCAGGCCUAAACACAGCCUUUGGUCAGAGUACCUUAAAACCCCAAAGCUUUGGCUUUGGCUCCACCACAGGAUCAGGCCUAAACACAGCCUUUGGUCAGAGUACCUUAAAACCCCAAAGCUUUGGCUUUGGCUCCACCACAGGAUCAGGCCAAAACACAGCCUUUGGUCAGAGUACCUUAAAAACCAAAAGCGUAGGCUUUGGCUCCACCACAGGAUCAGGCCAAAACACAGCCUUUGGUCAGAGUACCUUAAAACCCCAAAGCUUUGGCUUUGGCUCCACCACAGGAUCAGGCCUAAACACAGCCUUUGGUCAGAGUACCUUCAAACCCUAAAGCGUUGGCUUUGGCUCCACCACAGGAUCAGACCAAAAUACAGCCUUUGGUCAGAGUACCUUAAAAACCCAAAGCGUUGGCUUUGGCUCCACCACAGGAUCAGGCCAAAACACAAUCUUUGGUCAGAUUACCAAUAGAUAUUCGACACCGGUACUAAUGGGAACUAGGGAUAAAAGAUAAUUUCCUGAAAUAUGAUGGCAAGAAAUAUGCCACCUUUAGUCCAAAUAAAACCACCGAGCUAGUAUUUGGAGACAGACCUCGAAAGAUUGGGAUUUACCUAAUCUGU